AUGGCGUACAUAGAUUCGGAGCUAGCUAAACGUCAGGCAGCCGAAGGGCUAGCACCUGUUUCUGCAUUUGCGAGAGAAGGGGGAGGUGGUACGGUGGGGUGGAAGGACGAGAGUGGACUGCGGAAGGAUAUUGAUGUGCAGAGACAGCCUGCUGCGUUGGGGAAGCUGAUGGAGAUUGAUCUGGGGGAUGAGGCGAGAGAUCGGAACGUGCAGCGUACGGAUAAGGCGAGGCGAAGGCUAGGUGGAGAGGAGGUCGAGGAGGAAGUUGUGCAGAAGCCUGUGAAGAUCCGCUUGGGGCCUGAUGGAAAGCCUUGGAGGGGACGGAAACGAAGGGGCAGUGACGAUGUGAAGAGGGAUAAGCUUGUUGAAGAGGUGAUGAGGGAGAAUAGACUGGAAAUCUACGAGGAACCGCAGGAAGAGCCGCCUAACAAUGACGACCAAGGUGCAGAUGACAGAAUAGCAGAGGCAUUCAAGAGGGAUUUCAUGGAUGCGGUCUCUCAGAGACAGAGGAAGAAGACCGCGCCUGCGCCGCCGCCGGCCAGGGGCCCUGGUGGUAAGAAGGAAGAAGAAGCUCUGAAGGGACCGAAGCUGGGUGGGAGUAGGAGCGCCAGAGCGGCAAUGCGGGAGACGAUGUUGAAGAGCGCGAAGAAAUAG